AUGAUGGCAGUCGCAUUAUAUAAUCCAUCAAUAUGUUUUCAACAUGAUGAAAUUUUAAUUGAUCGAUUAUUAUUUAACAAAUAUAAUAUAAAAUAUAAAAAAGUCAUUCAGAAUCCAAAUGAAAUUCUUAUAUUAUCAUCUGGAAUUCUUUCACAAAGUUUUACUCAAGAUGAAAUUCUAUGUGAAUCAAUUGAUUUUGCUUUACCAUCUUGCUUUUAUGAUCAACAUAAUAAAAAUAUUUCUUUAUGUCAUUGUAAAUUAUCUUCAAAUUUAUAUAAGGACAAAUCAAUUGAUUUCAAUUUAUAUAAUUAUGAAAAUAUUCAGAAAUAUCUUCAACUCAAUACUCAUCAAAAUGAAGAUGCUAAAUUAAAUAAAGAUUUAUCAUUUCUUGAUAAUAUUAAUGAAGAAGAUUUCGUAACAAAUAUUUGUGAUGAAUCAAUGAAAUUUUCACAAUUUAAUAAUCAAAUAGAUUUUAAUGAAUUAUGUUUAUGA